AUGGUCGGUCGUCUCGAAGGCAAAGUGGCCAUUGUCACAGGUGGUGGAAGCGGGUUUGGAACGGGAAUCGCGACUAAACUGGUGCAAGAAGGUGCCAAAGUUCUGAUCAGCGAUCUCAACGAGGAAGCGGCCUCGAAAGUUUCUUCAUCACUGGGAGUCGAGUAUCUCGUGGCCAACGCAACCAAGCGUUCUGACUGGGAGGCACUACUUAAGAAAGCCAUCGAUGUCUUCGGCGGUCUCGAUAUUAUUGUCAACAAUGCCGGCACGACGUACAAGAACAAACCGACGGAGACGGUCACGGACGAAGAAUUCGACCUCGUCUUUGACGUGAAUGUCAAGAGUGUGUACAUCUCGACAAGUGUUCUGUUGCCUUACUUUCUCGAGAACAACCGACCUGGUGUGUUCAUACAGAUUGCGUCCACUGCUGGGCUUCGACCCCGCCCGGGCUUAACAUGGUAUAACGCCUCCAAGGCUGCCGUGAGCAAUGCAACCAAGACGAUGGCGGUCGAAUAUGGCCCUAAGAAGAUCCGGUUCAAUGCAGUUUGCCCGGUUGUGGGAAGUACAGGCUUGACACAUUUGUUCAUAGGCAAGCCAGAUACAGAGGAAAACAGGGCGGCAUUUGUUUCGACCAUCCCAUUAGGCCGAGGAAGCACACCCAAGGACGUUGCAAAUGCCGUUGCUUACCUUGCUAGCGACGAAGCAGAAUUCAUUACUGGAGUCAACUUGGAGGUUGAUGGAGGUAGAUGUGUAUAA